CAGGCAACACCGCCCACUCGGAUGAUGCCGGAGCCAAAACGUGCGCUAUUUUAUUUGGGUGCUAGCUUUAGCCAGCAAGCAGCCUGUCUUGACGUGCGGGUAGGCAACGAUGGACUCCGGCGACGGAAUGCAGGUGGAGGGCUGGGACCCGAGUUUGGAGGAAGAGCUAGGCGUCUCUCUGGAUGAGCUGAAGAAGUGGAUUGACGACAUGGUGGAGAAGAGCGAGCUGGUGCAGAAGAAACGGGCUCAGCUCAGCGAGCUGACGCAGUGGGUGGAGCAAAAGGAGCAAGAGGAGGCAACCACGGAGAAGCUCAUCAACGAGGCCAAGAAGUCGCUGGUGGAAUGCGAGAAGCUGGUGAGGAAAACGUACCAGAAGAACGGCCUGGUGUAUAAGAGCAGCUCGGAAGACGAAGACGGUGGCGGCGGCCCGCUGAGCGGUGAGGUCAUCGAGAUAGAAGACGAUGAUGACGACGAUGAUGUCAUUGCCGUCGGCUGCUUGGUCCCACCACAGAAUCCUGUCAUCACUGUCCAAGAGCCAAUGGAUACCUCCAGCACACUCAGGAAAACUGCCGAACAGGUCAACAAGUUGGUGCAAAUUGUCGCCAGGCCCUCGCAAGGGGCACCCUUGCAAAGAUCGGCAGCACAGCCAGGGACUUACUCCACUCCGCCAGCCGUGAUUGUGUCUCAGAUAAUGGCUCAGCCCGUGGGCCAUGUCAGCCCCAGCCCCAAGAAGAAGGAAGAUGAGCUGCAAGUGGGCAUGAACAUUCUGGGCAAGAAACGCAUGAAGACCUGGCACAGGGGCACCCUGGUUGCCAUCAACCCCAUCGGCACCCAUACGUUCAAAUACAAAGUGAAGUUCGAGAAAGGCAAGAGUCUGCUUUCCGGAAACCACGUGGCCUUCGACUACAAUCCCACCCUGGAGAGUUUGUUUGUGGGCGCCCGCGUGGUGGCCAAGUACAAGGACAGCCACCAAAUGUGGCUGUACGCCGGCAUCGUGGCAGAGAUGCCCACCACUAAGAACCAGAUGAGGUUCUUGAUCUUCUUCGACGAUGGCUACGCUUCCUAUGUUAACCUGCCGGACCUCUUCCCCGUCUGCAGACCAUUGAAGCGCACGUGGGAGGACAUUGAGGACGGAUCGUGCCGAGACUUCAUUGAGGAGUACAUCACAGCGUAUCCCAGCAGGCCCAUGGUGCUGCUCAAAGUCGGCCAGAUCAUCAAAACCGAGUGGGAGGGAACCUGGUGGAAGAGUAAAGUCGAGGAAGUGGACGGCAGCUUGGUCAAGAUCCUUUUUCUGGAUGAUAAGAGGAGUGAGUGGAUCUACCGAGGCUCCACCAGGUUGGAGCCCAUGUUCAACUUGAAGAUGACCACCGCCAACACGCAGGAGAAGAAGCUGGCCGGCCAGCUGAGGACACGACCCAAUAUGGGUGCAUUGCGAAGUAAAGGCCCCGUCGUCCAGUACACCAGCGAUGGUCACGUUGGAGCCACGCCCAUCAAGCCGGCGCCGGCCCCACCCCAGGGCACGCCGCCAACUCCAAUCCAACAGUCGUCGGCCACUCCAUCCGGUGGCCACCUCACCCAGUCGCCACGCAUCGAUGGUAACAAAUAUCAGAUGGCCAAGAAGAGCACAUCUCCGUUUGUUCCAGGCGUAGGCGGCACCCAUGCCUCCAAAGUCAUGCAGUCGCUCGCCAGCAGCCCCAGCAACGCGCCAAAAAUCAUCAGUCCCGUGGCCAGCGCCACCCAGGUUCAGUUGCUCCCCAAGCCGGUGAGCGCCCCCGCCACUCCACCGGUAAUGGCCCACCCGGCGGCCACCAUCCCACACCAGCCGUCCUACCGGGCCCCUGCCGAGCGCAUCUUCUACAUGGAGCACUUAUGUCAGCCGGCCUGCUUGAACCGCGUCCGGCCAGCCAGGCGAGACAUGCACCGAGGCAAGAACCCUCUCCUCAUACCGCUGCUCUACGACUUCAGGCGCAUGACGGGCCGGCGCAGAGUCAAUCGCAAGAUGACCUUCCAUGUGAUCUACAAGGCCCCAUGCGGCCUCUGCCUCCGCAACAUGGCCGAGAUCCAGCGCUACCUCUUCCAGACCACCUGCGACUUCAUCUUCUUGGAGAUGUUCUGUCUGGACCCCUACGUGCUGGUGGACCGCAACUUCCAGCCGCUCAGGCCCUUCUAUUACAUCCCGGACAUCACGAGCGGAAACGAGGACAUCCCGCUCUCCUGCGUCAACGAGAUCGAUUCCACGCCGCCCCCGAAAGUUGCCUACAGCAAAGAGCGCAUUCCUGAAGACGGCGUGUUCAUCAACACGAGUCUGGACUUCCUGGUUGGCUGCGACUGCACCGAUGGCUGUCAGGACAAGUCCAAAUGUUCCUGCCACCAGCUGACGCUGCAGGCGACCGGUUGCACGCCGGGUGCACAGAUCAACCCAAAUGCUGGAUUUCUGUACAAGCGUCUGGAGGAGUGCCUCCCCACAGGUAUCUACGAGUGCAACAAGCGCUGCAAGUGCUGCUCUCAAAUGUGCACCAACCGGCUGGUGCAGCACGGCCUGCAGGUGCGCCUUCAGCUUUUCAAGACCCAAAACAAAGGCUGGGGUAUCCGCUGCUUGGACGACGUGGCCAAGGGCUCCUUCGUCUGCAUCUACGCCGGUAAAAUCCUGACGGAUGACUUUGCCGACAAAGAAGGCUUGGAGAUGGGCGAUGAGUAUUUUGCCAACCUGGACCACAUAGAGAGCGUGGAAAACUUCAAAGAGGGCUACGAGAGCGAGGCCCACUGCUCCGACAGUGAGGGCAGUGGCGUGGACGUGUCCCGGUUGAAAAUCCAACCGUCUGCCUUGGUGUCCGCCAACACCUUCGGACGGCAGGCCAAGAAGGCUGUGGACAGCUCCGGGUCAUCCGAAGAAAGCAACGAGGAAGAAGAUAAAGAAUCCAAGAGUGACGAAAGCGACAGUUCGGACGACACGUUUGUCAAGGACACCUACUUCAGCAGCAGUUCUGUGUGGAGGAGCUACACUACGCGCGGACAAGCCAAAGGCCACAAGGAAGGGAGUCAAGAUGGCAAAGAUGGAAACGCGGCGAUGGCCACAGGUGACGACAAGUCGCUGCCUGUACCUGAGGAGACAGGAAAAAGCAAAGUGGCUUCCUGGCUCACCAGUCAGGGACUGAAAAAGGAGCCCGUUGACGUUAAGAGUCAAGUGAAGGCCGACUCGGCCAAAAAGCAGGACGUGACCACACUCUCAGACAGCGACGACGUCCAGACCAUCAGCUCAGGAUCCGACGACAACAAGGACAACAAAGACAAAGUAGCCCCGGGCGUGGUCAAGAAGCAGGUGGCUGUGAAAUCCACUCGUGGCAUCGCGCUCAAGACCGGACACGGCAUGAUGGUGAAGACGGGCGCGCCCGGAGGCGGAGCCUCUCAGGGCGGGCCAGGAGCCAAGUCGGGCCAGCAGGGCCUGACGGGCGGCGGUGGCGGUGACAGCGGCCCCAGAAACACGCGACUGUUCUUCGACGGCGAAGAGUCGUGUUACAUCAUCGACGCCAAGCUGGAGGGAAACCUCGGCCGCUAUCUCAACCACAGCUGCAGUCCCAACCUGUUCGUCCAGAACGUCUUUGUGGACACGCACGACUUGAGGUUCCCCUGGGUGGCUUUCUUUGCCAGCAAGCGUAUCCGGGCAGGCACGGAGCUGACGUGGGAUUACAACUACGAGGUGGGCAGCGUGGAGGGCAAAGUACUGCUGUGCUGCUGCGGCUCCACCGAGUGUCGAGGAAGACUCUUGUGAUCGCCUCGCUCGCGCCUUUCCAACAAAAAAAAAAGAUGCAAUGUGUUGCAAUUUCAUCAAUUCCCUUUUUUAUAUGCAUUCAUUUCAUUUCAUCCAAAGGUUGAUUUGUAUCUGAAUAAAAAGUUGUUGUUUUUUAA